AUGCUUGCAGGUCGCAUUGCCUCCCAGAGGUCCGCUAGGAUCCACAGCAUUCACAAAUUGUACAAGCACUCCAGGUGCAUCGCGAUGAUUGGUGGUGCCAGGGCACCACCAAUCCAUAUGGUGCCUACCGGCACCAGGUCAGCUGCCUCAGCUGCUGCUGUUUCAUCAGCUGAGACCUCAAAUGAACAGCCAGCCCGCCCACAGCCCGCCCCAAGCUUCAAUAUCCCAUCGUUGAAAAAUCGCACCACCACCAAUUCCAAUUCCAAGGACAAGCAUGGACUCGCCCAGAUGGACGACUCCUUCAUCGGCAUGACCGGAGGUGAGAUCUUCCACGAAAUGAUGCAGCGUCACAACGUCGAUACCGUCUUUGGGUACCCGGGAGGUGCCAUCUUGCCCGUAUACGACGCCAUUUACAACUCCGACAAGUUCAAGUUCGUCUUGCCCAGACACGAACAAGGUGCUGGCCACAUGGCUGAGGGUUAUGCGCGUGCGUCUGGUAAGCCAGGUGUCGUUUUGGUGACGUCUGGCCCAGGUGCCACGAACGUCGUCACGCCAAUGGCCGAUGCGCUAGCGGACGGUGUGCCGUUGGUCGUGUUCACGGGCCAAGUUGCUACGUCUGCCAUCGGAACAGAUGCGUUCCAGGAGGCAGACGUCGUGGGGAUCUCGAGAUCGUGCACGAAAUGGAACGUCAUGGUACGGUCCAUCGAGGAAUUGCCCCGUAGAAUCAACGAGGCGUUCGAAAUCGCAACCUCGGGCAGACCAGGCCCAGUCUUGGUCGAUUUGCCCAAGGAUGUCACCGCUGCAGUGCUCAGAAACCCAAUCCCCAUGAAGUCCAUUCUCCCCUCGGAUACGUUGAACCAGUUGACGCAGCGCGUCGUGGACGAGUACACGUUGCAGAACAUCGGCAGGGCCGCUGAGUUGAUCAACAAGGCCAAGAAACCGUUGCUAUAUGUAGGAGCAGGAAUCUUGGGCCACUCCAAGGGCCCCCAGUUCCUCAAACAGUUGAGCGACAGAGCACAGAUCCCAGUCACUACGACGCUCCAGGGUCUAGGAGCGUUCGACCAAGAAGACCCCAAGUCGCUAGACAUGGUCGGGAUGCACGGAAACGCAGCAGCCAACUUGGCCAUCCAAAACGCAGACCUCAUCAUCGCCCUAGGAGCACGGUUCGACGACCGUGUCACGUUGAACAUCUCCAAGUUCGCACCAGAGGCCCGUAAGGCCGCGCUAGAGAAGCGCGGUGGGAUCGUCCACUUCGAGAUCUCCCCAAAGAACAUCAACAAGGUCGUCGAAGCAGAGGUCGCUGUCGAAGGAGACGUCACGCACAACUUGGAGAAAUUGCUCCCAUUGAUCGAAACAGUGCCAGAGAGACCAGAGUGGUCCGCCCAGGUGCAAGAGUGGAAGCAAAAGUACCCAUACUCGUACCAACGCGAAACCCCGGGCUCCAAGAUCAAGCCCCAAACCGUCAUCUCCAAGCUGUCCAAGUUGGUCAACAGCACCGGUAAGCCAGCUAUCGUCACAACAGGUGUCGGCCAGCACCAGAUGUGGGCCGCUCAACAAUGGACUUGGAAAAGCCCAAGAACUUUCAUCACCUCCGGUGGUCUAGGAACCAUGGGUUACGGCUUGCCCGCAGCUAUCGGUGCCCAAGUCGCAAGACCAGACGCUAUCGUCAUCGACAUCGACGGUGACGCCUCAUUCAACAUGACCUUGAUGGAACUCUCGUCUGCAGUGCAGGCCAGAACCCCAAUCAAAAUCCUCUUGCUCAACAACGAGGAACAAGGUAUGGUCACCCAAUGGCAGAGCUUGUUCUACGAACACCGUUACUCGCAUACCCACCAGCUGAAUCCAGACUUUGUCAAGCUAGCCGAGGCAAUGGGACUCAAGGCCCUCAGACUCUCAGACCAAAAGGACACCGACGCCGUCUUGAAACAGUUCAUCGACUACAACGACGGCCCCAUCUUGUUGGAGGUGCAGGUCGAGAAGAAGGUCCCUGUCUUGCCCAUGGUCCCUACCGGUAAGGGUCUCCACGAGUUCAUCAACUUUGAUCCAGAAGAGGAAAAGAAGCAGAACGAAUUGCGUCACAAGCGCACUAACGGGAAGCAUUAG